AUCACCUUUCCUUAAAUAAUUUUUAAUUUUUUGUGUGAAAGAUAGUCGUCGUCGAAUCAAAACUUCCAAAUCUCUCGCCCUCUCCGAAGAGAAAAGGUAGAAUUCUCUCUUUCUAGAAACCACCGAGCCAUGGCUCUGAUCACCCGAAACACCGCCAAUCGUCUCCCUCACCUCCUUUCAGCACGGUGGGCCCUCUCUCUUCACACCACCCUCCCUUCACUCUCGUCCUCCUCCACCCCAACCACAUACGCUCGUCCUUCCCCUCCCUCUACCUCCGUUCCUCCCGCGGGCCUCUCGAAGACUGCCGAAUACGUGAUUUCCAAGGUCGAUGACCUCUUGAACUGGGCCCGUCGUGGGUCCAUCUGGCCCAUGACCUUCGGCCUCGCUUGCUGCGCCGUAGAAAUGAUGCACACCGGUGCUGCUCGCUACGAUUUCGAUCGCUUCGGUGUCAUUUUUAGGCCUAGCCCUCGCCAAUCCGAUUGCAUGAUUGUCGCUGGCACUCUCACCAACAAAAUGGCCCCGGCUCUGCGCAAGGUUUAUGACCAAAUGCCAGAGCCUAGGUGGGUCAUUUCAAUGGGAAGUUGUGCAAAUGGUGGUGGAUACUACCACUACUCGUACUCUGUUGUUAGGGGUUGUGAUAGGAUUGUCCCUGUUGACAUCUAUGUUCCUGGUUGCCCACCCACUGCUGAGGCACUGCUGUAUGGAGUUCUUCAAUUGCAGAAAAAGAUCAAUAGGCGCAAGGAUUUCCUUCAUUGGUGGUCCAAGUAAGGAUAUCACAAAUCGCUUCUGGCCUAUUUUGACUGGCAUUGUUAAGAACAAAUAAAUCAGUUCUCUGGCGAAAUGCCAUAUAGAUGGAGAUUAUUAAGAUGGUUUUGAAUAUAAUUCUCUGGCGAAAUGCCAUGUAGAUGGAGAUUAUUAAGAUGGUUUUGAAUAUAAAGUCUCUUGAGUGUUACAAAUCAGGUUUCUGUUACUUCUAUGGUGACUGUAUUUUAUUAUUUGAACUUCAAUUUGCGCUGACUUAUAGCUUUCCUUGUAAGUUUCAACUACCUUUGCUAUUGUUCGGAGGAUGUUUAAUAAAACUCCUAAUUUUCUUGUGGUGUUUCUGAUA